AAUAGUUUACUUGUGAAUGGCUGCGUUGGAAUCCAGUGAGCGAAUGUUCCUUUCUUCGGCAGGAGACACGGAACUUUCGGCUAGCGGGUCUAGGAUGUCAGUGUUGAAUCAGAGCGGAGAGGAACAGGUGGAAUGUCCACUAUGCAUGGAGCCAUUGGAGGUGGACGAUCUCCACUUCUACCCGUGCACAUGUGGAUACCAAAUAUGCCGGUUUUGCUGGAAUCGAAUCCGGGAAGGCGAGAAUGGCCUCUGUCCGGCCUGUCGGAAGGCCUAUCCGGAGAACCCGGCAGACUUCACCCCGCUCAGCCAAGAGCAGGUAGCAGCAAUAAAGACGGAGAAGAAGGCGCGCGAGCAGAAGCGGCGGAACAAGACCCUGGAGUCGCGGCGAGCGCUCGCGAACGUUCGCGUCGUGCAGAACAACCUCGUGUUCGUCGUGGGGCUGCCCGUGCGGCUCGCGGACCCCGAGAUCCUAAAAAGACAGGAGUACUUUGGCAAAUAUGGCAAAAUUCACAAAGUAGUUAUAAACCAAAGUACAACGUAUGCAGGUUCACAGGGUCCGUCCGCGUCCGCGUACGUGACGUACGUGUCGUCCGCGGACGCCCUGCGCGCCAUCCAGGGCGUCAACAACGUCGCCCUCGACGGGCGGGUGCUCAAGGGCUCGCUCGGCACCACCAAGUACUGCGCCAACUUCAUGAAGAACCAGCCCUGCCCCAAGCCCGACUGCAUGUACCUGCACGAGCUAGGUGAUCCUAAGGCGUCGUUCACUAAGGAGGAGAUGCAUGCUGGUCUGCAUCAGGUGUAUGAACGCAAGCUGCACAACCAGCUGCUCCAGCUAGGAAACAAGCCGGAAGACAAGCAUAGCGCAGGUAGCUCUAGUACGAAUGCAGAAAAGAGUAGUUCGAAAGAAGGUAAUCCGUCGAACUUUAUACCAACAACUGUGGUCACAUCGUCAAAUAUAAACGUUGUCAGUUCGUCUAAAUCAAAGAAAGAAUCGGUAAACGGUAGCAAUGUUAUAGAAGCGAGCAAUAGUAACGGGGUGAAUGGAAACGGCAAGGAGGCGUGGCCCAGUCUCGGUUCAUCCCCGCCUUCAGACAGCCCCGUCGGCAAACAGUCCAGUCCCAAACCACAAGCUCAGGUAAAGUCACAAGAAAACGGCACAUCAGAAUCUUCCAGUCCCACACAAAUGCAGCCCGCUCAAACGAGAAGCAAAGACCACAGCGACUCCAAAACGAACCGGACCCACAAAGACAGCACAAACGGCCAACCCAAGAAGAGCAAAUCCGAAGCGAAAAACAAAAAACACAGCAUUCAAGUUCAAGAAAGCGAACCAGAACCUAAACCAAGCAUCACACAGAGCUCCGUAUUCGAGAACGACACACAAAACUAUCUCAAUAACGACUUAGACGAGCUAGAAUCAGACAGACACAGCCUUUUAGAAAACCACGAUCUACUCCACAACAGCAACCACAGCUUACUAGAAGACGACACACACAAUCUACUAAACGAUGUCAAUAAUGAAAUUAUGCUGCAUAAACAGAGGGAAAUGCUAGCCGGCUUAGUUGAUAAUCAUAUGAUAAACCCAAUGAAGAGUCACCUAAACGGAUAUGGACUUAUAGACAGAGAUACUAUGAGUUAUAUAGGUAAUGAUAGGCAUAGUCAAAUUAGCCAAGGUCUGAUGGAAAAGGAAUUGCUGUUGAGGGAACGCAGCCGGAGCGAGAUGCUGAUGCGACAGAAUGAGAUGCUAGCGAGACAACAUAUGGAGCCCAAGCAUUAUAUGCAGGGGAAUAUAGGCCUCGACUCCAAUAGUGAAUUAUUAGGUGCUAAUUACCAUCCAAAUCCCAAUAUGCUUCCAUUCGGCAUGCGCGUCGAACACGCAUCGCCACUUCAAAACAACAUGCAGAAUAACAUGCAAAAUUCCAUGCAAAACAAUAUGCAGAAUACCAUGCAAAACAGUAUGCAUAAUAGCCUCCAGAACAGUAUGCAAAACACCAUGCAGAAUAGCCUUCAAAACAUGCAGAAUAAUCUUCAGAGCAGCAUGCAGAAUAGCCUUCAGAACAUGCAGAAUAGCCUACAGAACAGUAUGCAGAAUAGCUUGCAGAACAGCUUGCAGAAUAACAUGCACUAUGUAAUGCACAAUCCACAUGCGGGCCCCGUGCCCAACGGUUUUGAAGCUCCGCAGUCUUCGAGUGAAGGGCGCUACCUGGCGGAGAAUAUGGACAAGUUCUUCACGGACUUCCACAAGGCGCAGCAGAUGCGGCUGCUGCUCGCCCGCGCUCCCGACCACCCCCGACAGAUGGCGCUCGAGCACGAACACAAGCAGAGGAUGAACAAUAUCAGGAUGGGCAGCGAGGCCCCGCGCGCGGCCGGCGACGGCGACGACGACCUCGACUUCGACCCCUUCAAGGAGACGCAGAAGGCCCUGGCCGAGAUGAUGGAGACGGAGAUGAUGCAGAACACAAGCGGCGACAACAUGGAGCUGGUCCGGCGCUCGCGCCUGCCGCCGCCCGGCUUCGCGCUGCCCGCCCACCAGCACCAGCACCAGCACCAGCACCAGCAUCAGCAUCAGCAACAGCACCAGCAGCCCCAGCAUCCCAUGCAUGCAGGUAUGAAUGGUUACAACAACACCAGCGCGGCAUACUCGGACUGGACGCAGAUGGACCCCGCCAUCAUGUCGACGUCGGUGAACUUCGGCAAGCCGCCGCCGCACGCCGCGCUCAGCAGCCAGCAGCACGAGCUGUGGGCGCGCUUCAACUCGCUCGCGGUCGCCCCGCAGACCAAGCUGCCCCCCGGCUGGGGCAAGCUCGGCUGGGGCAGCUUCGCCGCGCCGCCGCUCGGCACCAUCCCCCUCCCGCCCGGCUUCUCCCCCGCCAAGCCCGCGCAGCACCCCGCCGAGUGCAUCGACGCCAAGUAACGUGCGAUUUUCUAUAUUAUUCCCUUUCCGUUGGUGAUGUGAACGAUAAAUCUUUGUAUUAAGAGAGGAUAUUUUAACGAGAGAAAUAUGAUAACGAAGGAAUUUGUAAAAUAAAUUAACAUAUUUGUUUUAUUUGAUGACGGUUUUUCUUUCCCCGUUUUAUUUUAUCAUAUUUUUUAAGCCCGAUACGUUUAUUCGUUAUAUGCUAUAUAUUUACUGAAAUCGUAUCCCUGUUAUCACAGAUUAUAUUUUCUAUAUUAAAAUGAAAUGCAGAUUACUCCCUGUUCCAUUUGUACCUUAUUGAGCCAUACUCCAUGAGAAUAACAUUAAAACGAACGAGAAUUCA